AUGAUACUGACUGUGGAUGAGAUCAACCAAAACAAAGAGCUGCUGCCCAAUCACACUCUAGGAUACAAAAUCUUUGACUCCUGUGCCUAUCCUCUGACAGGCCAAAGAGCGGCACUCGCAGUUCUUAAUGGGGUGACAGAAGAGGGCCAUGGUGUAUGCGGUGGUGCUUCCCCACUGUUGGCCAUCAUCGGGGAGUCUGGAUCUGCUCAGUCCAUAGUUGUAUCCAGAAUACUUAGGCCAUUUAGGAUCCCAAUGAUCAGUUAUUUCUCAUCAUGUGCAUGUUUUACUGACAGACAAAAAUACCCCACUUUUUUCAGAGUGAUUCCAAAUGAUGACUAUCAGGUGAAAGCCUUAGCCCAGCUUCUUGUGCACUUUAACUGGACAUGGGUUGGUCUGAUUCGAGGGGAUCACGAGUAUGGACGCUUUGCAGUGCAGGGUUUAUUGAGAGAGCUCCAGGGCACCAAAGUAUGUGUCGCAUACACUGAGAUGAUCCCAUUACUCUACAACCAACAAAGGGCUCUAGAAAUCAUACAGGUGAUACGCACUUCACGGGCCAAAGUGGUGGUGGUUUUUUCAGCAGAGGGGGAGAUGACGCCCUUCCUGAGGGACUACAUGGAGCAGAACAUCACUGGGAUUCAGUGGGUGGCCAGCGAGGCCUGGGUCACAGCAUCUGUCUUCUCAGGGAGCGUCUACUACCCUUACCUGGGAGGCACCAUCGGCUUUGGGAUCAAAACAGGCUAUAUCCCAGGACUCGGUGACUUUAUACAAAGAGUAACCCCAUAUGUUUACCCGAGUAAUCCACUAAUGCAAGAGCUCUGGGAGGCUUUGUACGGCUGUGCUCCUGUCUCUCCCUCUGACUCAGACCUGCCUCUCUGUUCAGGAGAUGAGACAUUACUGGAGAAGCAUGCAGCGUACAUGAACACAUCAAGUCCUCGAGUGGCAUACAAUGUGUACAAGGCUGUGUAUGCAGUGGCCCAUUCUCUGCAUAAUUUAUUCCUCUGUCAACCAGGAGCGGGGCCUUUUGAAAACAACUCCUGUGCUCAGAGCACCAACAUUCACCCGUGGCAGCUUCAGCAGUAUCUUCAGGAAGUAGAAUUUACUAUCAAUGGAGAAGAGGUAAACUUUGACCUAAAGGGCGACUCCAUACCCUACUAUGACAUCAUCAACUGGCAGAGAGGGGCCAGUGGGAACAUCGAGUUUGUUCCAGUUGGCCUCUUUGAUGGGACCAAAGCUGCGGGACAGGAACUGGUCAUCAAGGAGGACAGGAUUGUGUGGGCAGGUCAUCAGAGCAAGGUGCCAGUGUCUGUGUGCAGUGACAGCUGUGCUCCAGGCUCCAGGAAAGCUGUCCGUCGUGGGGAACUUGUUUGCUGCUUUGACUGUGUACCAUGUGACAGCGGCAAAAUUAGCAAUGAGACAGAUUCAAUAGAAUGUAGAGAAUGUCCUGAAGACUUUUGGUCCAACUCAGACAGAACAGCCUGUAUUCCUAAAGAGGUGGAAUUUCUGGCCUAUGACACAGUGGGCAUAGUGCUGACGGUCAUCUCCGUAGUGGGCGCGUGUCUCACCAUCGCUGUCCUGGUCAUCUUCAUCUACCACAGGAACACCCCCAUCAUCCGAAUGAACAACUCUGAACUGAGCUUCUUCAUCCUCCUCUCCCUCACUCUUUGUUUCCUCUGUUGUUUGGUUUUCAUCGGUGAGCCAACAGCGUGGUCCUGCAUGCUGCGCCACACAGUUUUUAGCAUUACGUUUUCUUUAUGUAUCUCGUGUAUUCUUGGGAAAACACUUGUGGUGCUCGCUGCCUUUACAGCUACCAGACCAGGCAACAACUUAAUGAAAUGGUUAGGGCCCAAACAGCAACGAGCCAUUAUAUUUAUCUCCACUUUAGUCCAGGUGGUGAUCUGUGUAGCCUGGCUCAUUGACGCACCUCCUCAUCCAUUCAGAAACAUGGAAUAUGAAAGAUCAAAGAUAAUACUUGAAUGCAGCAAUGGGUCCAGUCUGGCAUUUUGGUGCGUGCUAGGAUAUAUCGGUCUACAAGCCGGUCUUUGCUUCCUGUUGGCAUUCCUUGCAAGAAAUUUACCAGGGAAUUUUAAUGAAGCCAAGGUCAUCACAUUCAGCAUCUUGAUCUUCUGUGCAGUGUGGUUAGCCUUCAUCCCUGCAUACAUUAGUUCUCCAGGGAACUAUGCCGAUGCAGUGGAAUCCUUUGCAAUCCUAGCGUCAAGUUUUGGCCUAUUGUUGUGUUUGUUUGUGCCAAAGUGUUACAUUAUAUUACUGAAACCAGAGAAGAAUACUAAACAGCAUCUGAUUGGGAAAGAUAAAAAAGGGAUGUUAAAGGGGCCCACAGUCUGUGCCACAGCUCUGGUGGGAGAAGAGGAGGCCAGUCCAAUCACUGCAGAUACAGGACCGAACCAUUUCAUGACAUUACUUCCUGGAAGUGUGGCUCUGAAGGCCAUCAGCACCACUAUAGUCUUCCCCAGAACACAAGAGAUACAGAGGACAAAGGUGAUGCCGAACGCAGUGUGGCGCAGCAUGCAGGACCACUCAGACGGAGCCCCAAUAAAUGACCUUCUGUAUCCUGAACUCCUGCCCUUUUGCUUGAGAGGCAUCAAAGUGCCCAACCGUCUCCAGCUGAAACGUGCCUUGGAUAGUUCUUUGCCAGUUCACCAGCUCAUACAUAGCCACUGGAUCCCCAUUAGCAUCAAACGACACACUAACUUGCUCAGCAGCGCAGAGGCACUCACUGUGGAGAAGGGCAGCUCUAAUAAGAACUCCUUCAGACCAGGGAUCACAGACUGUUGGAUGCCCAGCCCCAGAGCCCCCACACAGGAGCUGAAGCGUAGCAGGUCGGGGUCUGUCACCCACGCCUCACUGCCCACCCACUGCCGACUGAGAGCAGCGCUGGUCCGGGUAGUACUCUGGGGCAAGUCCAUUGACGAGCUGGAAAGCCGCCUGCACAGCUACAGGGACAGAUGCACAGGAGUCGUGGAUCUGGUAACCAACAGAGUAAUGUGGGCACAUUAUUUGUACAUUAAACUGAGUGUUAUGUUGUUCUGCUUCUGUGUUACUUCUCACUGUUCUCCACCGUGUGAGUUAAGGAGGCAGUUUCACCUCAAUGGUGUGCACAAGUCUGGUGAUGUGAUUCUAGGUGGACUGUUUGAGGUCCACUACACUUCAGUCUUUCCUGAGCUAACAUUUACCUCUGAGCCACAACACCUCAAGUGCCAAGGCUUUGACCCUCCAGGAUUCAGACAUGCAAUGACUAUGGCUUUUGCAGUCGAAGAAAUCAACCAAAAUUCAGAUUUUCUUCCCAACGUAACUCUUGGCUACAGUCUGUAUGAUAACUGCGCCACACUUGUUACAGGAUUUAGUGCGGCUCUGUCAAUGGCCAGUGGGCAGGAGGACAAGUUUCUGCUCAGAGAUGAUUGUACUGGGACAAAAUCUGUACUAGGCAUUGUGGGUGAUUCCUUCUCUACAUUUACUAUCGCUACGUCAGAUGUCAUAGGAUUAUUCAGAUUGCCUCUGGUCAGCUAUUUUGCCACCUGUUCCUGUUUAAGCAAUCGUCAAAAGUUUCCAUCAUUUUUUAGAACAAUCCCCAGUGAUGCAUUUCAGGUUCAAGCGAUGAUUCAGAUUCUAAAGCGUUUUGGAUGGCGUUGGGCAGGACUCCUGGUCAGUGAUGAUGACUACGGUCUUCAUGUGGCCAGAUCAUUUCCGUCAGACUUGGCUCAGGCUUAUGGAGGGUGUUUAGCGUACACAGAAGUCUUACCAUGGGGCGAAGACCAAGCAGAGUUGAGUCGGAUUGUAAAUGUUAUGAAGAAAUCCACUGCACGUGUGGUUAUUGUGUUUGCACAUCAGAUUCACAUGAUCCAACUCAUGAAAGAGGUGGUGGUACAGAAUGUGACAGGUCUGCAGUGGAUCGCCAGUGAAGCCUGGACGACAGCGACUGUGUUACAAACGCCACAACUUAUGCCAUAUUUGGGGGGGGCACUGGGUAUUGCUAUUCGCAGAGGUGAAAUACCAGGAUUAAAAGAUUUUUUAUCAAAACUACAGCUGAAUUUUUUUGAUGAUCGCACUGGAAAUGACAUGGUAUGCUUUUGGGAGCACACAUUUGAGUGUAGGUUUGCUCCAGCUCCUGCAGAGUGGUUAAAAGCUGGAGGAGCUUUGUGCACUGGACAUGAAGAUCUGCAGAACAUAGAUACGGAGUUCCUGGAUGUGUCCAACCUCAGACCAGAGUAUAAUGUGUAUAAGGCUGUGUAUGCUUUGGCUCAUGCUCUGGGCCAACUGCUGCGCUGUGAACCAGGGAGAGGGCCUUUCUCUGGGAACAGCUGUGCCACUCUGCACACACUGGAGCCAUGGCAGCUCAUGUAUUACUUGGAAAACAUUAAUUUCACCACAUCUUUUGGAGAUGAAGUGUCUUUUGAUGAGAAUGGAGACGCUUUACCAGCAUAUGAUGUUAUGAACUGGAUGGUGCUCCCAGAUGGAGAAAUCGCUGUUCAAAAUGUUGGUGUGGUUAAAAAGUCAGCUUUCAAGGGAGAAGCAAUGACACUUGAUGAGGACAAAAUCUUCUGGAACUUUCAGUUCAAAGGGGCACCAGUGUCUGUGUGCAGUGUGAGCUGUCCUCCAGGCACUCGCAUGGCUCAGAAGAAAGGAGAACCUGUCUGCUGUUUUGACUGCAUCCCGUGCUCUGAUGGGAAAAUAAGCAAUACCACAGAUUCUAUGGACUGCGGCGUAUGUCCAGAGGACUUCUGGUCCAGUCCUGCUCGUGACCAGUGUGUUCCUAAGAAAACAGAGUUCCUGUCCUACCAUGAGCCUCUGGGGAUCUGCCUGACCACAGCCUCACUGCUGGGAGCAUUUAUUUGUGCCGUUGUGUUUGGCAUCUUCACAUAUCACCGCAGCACACCACUGGUCAGAGCUAAUAAUUCAGAAAUGAGCUUCCUGCUCCUGGUGUCUCUCAAACUGUGUUUCCUGUGUUCACUGCUGUUCAUUGGACGUCCCAGACUGUGGACAUGUCAGCUGCGACAUGCAGCAUUUGGGAUCAGCUUUGUGCUGUGUGUCUCUUGUAUUCUGGUGAAAACCAUGGUGGUGCUGGCUGUGUUCAAGGCCUCAAAACCAGGAGGUGGUGCCACCUUGAAGUGGUUCGGUGCAUUACAGCAGAGAGGGACAGUUUUUGCUCUUACAUCUGUCCAAGCAGUCAUCUGCGUUGCAUGGCUUGUAUCAGCCUCACCAACACCUCAUAAAAACAUCAAAUAUCAUAAUGACAAAAUAGUUUAUGAAUGUGUAGUUGGCUCAACUAUGGGUUUUGCUGUUCUUCUAGGCUACAUUGGUUUACUGGCUUUGUUGAGUUUUAUGUUAGCAUUUCUAGCCAGAAAUCUCCCUGAUAAUUUCAAUGAGGCCAAACUCAUCACGUUCAGUAUGUUGAUGUUCUGUGCUGUGUGGGUGGCCUUUGUCCCUGCUUAUGUCAACUCUCCAGGUAAAUAUGCAGAUGCCGUGGAGGUAUUUGCCAUCCUGGCCUCUAGUUUUGGCCUUUUGGUGGCGUUGUUUGGACCAAAAUGUUACAUAAUUUUACUGAGACCAGAGAGGAACACAAAGAAGGCAAUCAUGGGUCAUGGAAUCAAUACAUGA